AUGAAGUACUCUCUCGUUUUUCUCGCCUCUGCCAGCUUGGCCUUGGCGCAACCGUUGGCUGCCGACGAUGGCAACAACGCCGCUGGCACUGCCCCGAACUCGAAGGGUGCGGCGGAUCAGUCUUACACAGACUGGGAUAACUUUCAGCAGAAGAUAUGUCAAGCGAAAUCAGUCAAUCUGGACGCAUAUUGCCGGCCUGUAUUCAGCGCUUGCACUCAGGAGCAGCUGCCCCAGGAGCAGCUAUUCUCAUGCUACAACGAGAACAUCGCGAGGGCAAAGUCCGACCGACCUCUUAUGGCUCACCACCUCGACAAAACGCGAACCCCAUUCUGGCCCCCUAACCGCAGGCAGCUCCCCGCCGGUUUGCAGGAGCUUGAUCCGGACAAGAACUAUACAAUCAGUGAGGUUAUGAAGAUCUACCCGAACGAGCAUAUCGAUUGCAGCAUCAACGUUCUUACAAAUGAGCCGGAGCUCGGGUGCACAAUCAAACAAGCCGUAAGCUCUAGCCUCUUCCCCUUCUCAUUCCUAGACAAAGUCAACCACACCCAGUUGGCUCCCUAA